GUCCAACCGCCCAACCAUCCAAAACAUCCCCUCCUUUUCCUCCUUCUUUCUCCUCUCUUUCUCCUUCUUCCAUCCGACAACAUCAACACCAUCACCUUUGUGCAGCGCAGUUCCAUCAGCUGCAGCAAUCUCAAGAUCUCGGUUUUGGUUCUUCCAUCCAUCGUUCCGUUACCUAUACACAAUUCACAUCCACCCUCUUUCGUACAAAAUGUCCUCCUCUACAGCGCUUCUCCCCAAGAACAAGAAAGAUGAUCACCCCAUCUUCCUUCGAGUCUGCCACUCUCCAUGGACCUCCAUUGGCCAGAAAGCCCUUGUUGGUCUUCGUGGCUUGACUGCAAUCUAUCUUGCUGUCAGCUUCGCCAUGAUCAUUGACUACGAGGUCAAACACACCGAUGAUGGAAAGCUUGCCUUCUUCAAGUUCUCCAAUAUCGAGUAUGGUGUUCAGGUUCUCUACCAUUGGAUCGCCUUCAUCUGGACCUUUAUGCACCUUCACUACCCUCACCACAGCACUUCUUCCCCUACCAAUGCAACCCGUCUCCAAAAGGCACUGUCGCCACCUCGCCAGAACCCCUCCACCAAGAAUCGUACAUGGUUCAGCAUCUUCUACUCUCUUGCCCAGACCUGGCCACAUGUUUCGACUUUCAUUCACUGGGCCAUCUUGGUUCCCAAGGGCAGAGCUACCGUCCCAGGCAACGAGACUUUCGGCCACGGUGACUUCAAGACUUUCUACGUUCUCAGCAAGUAUGGUGUCAACUCUAUCAUUGCAUUGAUUGAAGUGAUCUUCUACAGUAGCAUCAAGCGUCAAUUCCCCAUCGCCGCCCACAACAUCGGUCUCUCGAUUGUUUCGCUGGCAUACAUUGGUUGGGCAUACAUCGGAUACAUUGUUACAGACAAGUGGGCCUGGUUCUUCUUGAACCAUGAUGAAUCGAAGUGGGAGUAUGUCAUUUUGAGCUGGGUUGCCUUUAUUGUCGUCACCAACAUUUUCUUUUUCAUCGUCUUCGGUAUCACGGCUGCUCGCGAGAGAUUGACUCGCAAGGGAGAGCACAAGAAUUCGGGCUACCAACAACUUCCACAUUGACCAUCAUGGCCUCUGGGUUAUUGAUGAGGGAUAUUACGAGUAUGGAUUCUUGAAGGUGCCGCUAGAUUGACUUUGAGUUUCAUAUGUCUUUCCUUUGUUUUGCAGCAGUCGGGUUUGAGAAGCCAAGUAUGGACAUAGACUUUGUAUUGUUAUGAUGAGUCGGAAUGCUCCUGGUAGUAGUAUACAUAAUUCAGAGCUUCUGUCGGAUCACUGCGUUUAGCUGCCAAUUUGAUUUAGGUUGAGAAGCAUCAGCACCACUGGUGAACGACCAAAUUUUGCCCAGAAAUGAGAAUAGACAAUGGAAGCCAUGCUAGAAGGAUUUGUCCGGAAGACUUCCACCUCGAUCCUGGCUACAAGUCUUCCAGUCCUAAAUGAGAAGAUGACGUCGUGAAGAGGUAGGAGCAAUCCAGGCAAAUUCGACUGCUAGAAUAGGACCUCAUUUCAAUACGAAGGAGAUAUCUCAACCACUCCUCCUCGCGAGCAAAUUUCACCAAUUCUCCACACACUCAGAUCUCCAACCUCGCCACUCUCCCCGCGUAAAAUUGAUCCAAGCUGCUUCCGAUCCUUCAGCAUACCAUCCGGCUGAGUUCCACUAAAUGUUAUCCACGUUCCAUGGAAUCAAUUGGUCUAUUGGAAUGGUUCGCGAAGCUGGAGGGGGAGCUUGCAGCUGGAUGCGGGUGUGGAUGUGGAUGUGGUUGCUGAUCCCAAUAUGAAUUUACUGCUGUCUUUAGCAGAGUUUGAGAGAAGGCAUGUAUGAGGAUUGAACGAAGUUGGAUAGUAAGAAGUUGAUAGAGGGUAGUGGGACUCUGAAGGGUUCGAAAUCUGGGGAGAAAGAGUGGGGAUGGGGAUGGGGAUGGGGAUGGGGCUGAGGAUGGGAAUGGGGAUCUGGUAUGGUUGAAAGAGUGAAGAUUAGAACUCAGCCCUUGC